GCCACAGUGUGGGCCUGUUUCGUAUGUGUCGAGUGUCUCGUGUGUGUGUGUGUGUGUGACUUUUACACCUACAUAUCAAUCGAAUUCUUUUAUGUAGAAAAUCAUUAGACCGUAGUGUUAGUGGCAAACAGUGAAUGUGAAUUCAUUUAUACAAAACGAAAUUAAAAGGAUUAAAUUUUUAGAAAAGGCUCGGAAACACGAAAUCAGAGGGGAAAACUGUUGGAUUACGAGAUUGAAAUUUGAAAUUUUUACAAGUCGCCUUGACGACCGAGAAGUGCAACGCACAGAACGAGAGACGGUUCUCUUUUGGGGGCGACUGUGUUAAGAAAAAAUGCACUGAGAAUGUCGUUGACGCGCGGCCCAAAGUUGCGUUGGCUUUCAAAGGCCGUCUUCCACUUGUGCGUCGUCUUGUUGUUGUAUCGGCCCGUCAGCUCGGCCGCCGCACCCGCCAACGCCACCCAUCCUAGUCCCGCCGACAAAGCCAACGAUGUCUUUAAAGGCAAAAUUUGCAUCGGCACAAACGGCCGGAUGUCGGUGCCGUCCAACCGGGAGCAUCACUACCGGAAUCUGCGCGAUCGCUACACCAACUGCACGUACGUCGACGGCAAUUUGGAGUUGACUUGGCUGCAGGACGAACAUUUGGACCUGAGUUUCUUGCAGCACAUUCGAGAAGUGACGGGCUACGUCCUCAUUUCCCACGUCGACGUCCGACGCAUCGUCCUCCCCAAUUUACAAAUUAUCCGCGGUCGGACGCUCUUCAAACUCAGCGUGCACGAUGAAGAGUUUGCCCUGGUCGUUACCCUCUCGAAAAUGCACAAUUUGGAAAUGCCGGCCCUCCGAGAUAUCUUGGCGGGAAGUUGCGGCCUGUUCAACAACUACAAUCUGUGCCACAUGAAAACGAUCAACUGGGAGGAGAUUAUAACGGGCGUCGGUUCGAAAAUCGUCUACGUCUACAAUUUCACGGAACCGGAGCGGGACUGCCUGCCGUGUCACGACUCGUGCGAGGCCGGCUGCUGGGGCGAAGGUCCCGAAAAUUGCCAGAAAUUCUCCAAGAUCAAUUGCAGUCCGCAGUGCCACCAAGGACGAUGCUUCGGACCCAAACCGCGAGAGUGCUGUCAUUUAUUCUGCGCUGGCGGCUGCACUGGACCCAAACAAAGCGACUGUCUGGCUUGCCGCAACUUUUUCGACGAUGGCGUUUGCAAGCAAGAAUGUCCGGCAAUGCAACGCUACAAUCCGAUCACGUACUCGUGGGAGACGAACCCGGAAGGCAAGUACGCUUACGGCGCCACCUGCGUCAAAACGUGUCCCGAGCAUUUGCUCAAGGACAAUGGCGCCUGCGUCCGCAUCUGCCCGCCCAAGAAGAAGGCCGUCAACGGCGAAUGCGUCGUCUGCGACGGACCGUGUCCAAAGACGUGCCAGGGCGUUGACAUCGUUCACGCCGGCAACAUUGAAAGCUUCAGGGAUUGCACCGUCAUCGAGGGAUCCAUCACCAUCCUCGAUCACUCAUUCGCCGGAUUCCAGCAAAUCUACCCCAAUUUCACUUUCGGGCCCAGGUACCCGCGAAUGCAUCCCGAUCGCCUGGAAAUCUUCUCCACUCUCAAGGAAAUCACCGGAUUCAUCAACGUCCAGGCAUCGCACCCCGAAUUCCGCAAUUUGUCCUACUUCCGCAACUUGGAAACGAUCGGCGGCCGGCAGCUGACGGAAUACUUUUCGGCUCUCUACAUCGUCAAGACGUCGCUCAAUUCGCUGCAUUUGCGCUCCCUGAAAAUGAUCCGGGCCGGAAGUGUGACCGUCCUGGAGAACAAGGAACUCUGUUUCGCCGAGAGCAUCAGCUGGACCAAGAUCAUCAAGUCCCAGUUGCACGGCACUCUCCUCCAGAACAACAAAGUGUCGGAACAGUGCAAAGAGUCGGGUCUGGUCUGCAGCGCCCAGUGCUCCACCGAGGGCUGUUGGGGCCUGGGACCCAACGAGUGCCUUUCGUGCGCCCAUUUCCAGCUGGACGAGACCUGUGUCGAAAGCUGCGACCUCAAUUUAGGGAUUUACGAGUUGACUCCGAAAUUGUGCAAACACUGUCACCACGAAUGCGACGAAACGUGCACCGGACCAGGGCCGGGCAACUGCACGCUGUGCAAACACGUCAAAGACGGACCCUACUGCGUUCCGGCCUGCCCGACGAGCAAAUUCAACGACAGCGGCGAAUGCCUAUCGUGUCACGAGAACUGCGUCGGCGGUUGCACCGGACCCGAGAACAACAUCGGAGCGCGCGGUUGCCGUUCUUGCGAGAAGGCCGUCAUCAACGGCGACGUCGAAGUGGAUCAUUGUUUGAAAAAGAACGAACCGUGUCCCGAUGGCUAUUACUACGAAUGGGUCGGACCGCAAGAACAAGGACCGCUGAAACCGCUGGCCGGCAAAGCUGUCUGUCGCAAAUGCCAUCCGCGAUGCAAAAAGUGCAACGGAUACGGUUUUCACGAACAGGUGUGCCAAGAGUGCGUCAAGUACAAACGGGGCGAACAGUGCGAAGACGAAUGUCCGCAAGACCAUUACGCCGACGAGGAGCGACACGAAUGUUCCCGGUGCGCCAGCGAAUGUCGCGGUUGUACCGGACCCAACGUCAAUCAGUGCCUCAGCUGUCGCAAUUACCGCGUCUACCUCUCGCCCGGCGUCCUCGACCCGUUGACCAACGCCACGCAGUUCAACUGCACGGCCAACUGUCCAGCCGAAGCGCCGCACAAGAUCUUCCCGGGCGAUGCGGGCGAUCCUUAUUGCGCCAAAGAACCCGUCGUCAACCCGCUGGUCAACGGCGACGAGGAGCACAUUGCCGCCAUUCUCGGCGGUGUUAUCGGAUGCGUCACUUUGCUUGGAGUCUUCCUGGCCUGUUUCGGCUACCACUGGCACCAACGAGCCAAAUCCAAGGAGAACACGGCCAAGAUGACGAUGGUCAUGAGCGGCUACGAGGACAGCGAGCCGCUGAGACCCAGCCACGUCAAACCCAAUUUGGCCAAAUUGAGGAUCGUCAAAGAAGCCGAGCUGAGACGCGGCGGCAUCCUCGGCUACGGCGCUUUCGGCACCGUCUACAAAGGUGUCUGGGUCCCCGAAGGCGAGAACGUCAAGAUCCCGGUGGCCAUUAAAGUCUUGCGCGAAGGCACCGGAUCCAACACGAACCGAGAGAUCCUGGACGAGGCCUACAUCAUGGCCAGCGUGGAACACCCGAACCUUCUGCAGUUGCUGGCCGUCUGCAUGACUUCUCAGAUGAUGUUGGUGACCCAGCUGAUGCCUUUGGGCUGUCUCCUUGACUACGUCCGUAACAACCGCGACAAGAUCGGCUCCAAGCCGCUGCUCAACUGGUGCACGCAGAUCGCUCGUGGUAUGGCCUACCUGGAGGAGCGGCGGCUGGUCCACCGCGAUUUGGCCGCCCGUAACGUCCUCGUUCAAAACCCGGCCUGCGUCAAAAUCACCGAUUUCGGACUGGCCAAAUUGCUGGACAUUAACGAAGACGAGUACAAAGCGGCCGGUGGGAAAAUGCCCAUCAAGUGGUUGGCUCUCGAAUGCAUCCAGCAUCGCAUUUUCACUCACAAGAGCGACGUCUGGGCGUUCGGCGUCACCGUCUGGGAAUUGUUGACUUAUGGCGGGCGACCGUACGAGAACGUGCCCGCCCGCGAAGUGCCCGACUUGCUGGAAAAGGGCGAACGCUUACCUCAGCCACCUACGUGCACUAUCGAUGUCUACAUGAUCAUGAUCAAAUGCUGGAUGCUGGACGCCGAAAGCCGGCCCAGUUUCAAGGAAUUGGCCGAUGAGUUUGCCAAGAUGGCUCGCGAUCCGGGCCGCUAUCUCGUCAUUCCCGGCGAUAAAUUGAUGCGCCUACCUUCCUACUCUCCUCAGGACGAAAAAGAGUUGAUCCGGAAUUUGUCGUCGUCGAUGGACGGCCCGGAAGUGAUUAUGGAUGCGGAAGAAUACCUGCAACCCAAAUCGCGUUGUCCGUUGCCGUCGAGUUCGACGGUGACGGCCGAGACGCCGCUACCGCCACCGACGCCCGUCAAGAAAUACGCGGCGAGUAGCGCCGGUGGUGGGAGCAUCGCCAACGGAUCGGAACACGCCGUUUACGGCGCUGAGGGCUUCUCCAGUCAAGGUAGUCACAGGACGGCCAGCCCAGCAUCUUCGUCCAGGAUGGCCGCAGCCGUCGGCCAUCACAAUCACCACCUGACGGGCUUACCCGUCGGCCAUCACCCCGGCGGAUUCCAUCCGUCGCAGCAAAUGCAUCCUCAACAGCAGCAUUCGCGCGACAGUGGCGGCCCCAGUCUGCGCUACUGCAGCGAUCCUCUUCAGCUCAUCGGCAAAGAAUUGGAAGCGGCUAUGGAAGACCGGAGGCUACCGCACUACCUGCCGGGCGUCAAAACGGGAGCCCGAGUUGGUAAUCUGAAACUGGACCUGCCAGUCGACGAAGAUGACUACCUGAUGCCAUCACCUCAGUCGACACAACCUCACCACGGCGGUUACAUGGAUCUGAUUGGCGACGCCAAAAUCGGAGACAAUGGAGAGCUCAGCAGCGGCGACUACCACGCUCGUUCCAUGCCGGACUUUGUCAAGAGCCUGCCAGCCAUCAAGCGAAUGUCCGGGAUGCAUCCGACGCUGCCGCUCAGCAUGGACAACCCCGAGUACCACAUGAUGAACAAUCAGGACGUCAAUACCUUGUACAAUCCGUCGUCGCCCAGUUACCAGCUGUCGCCGACAUCCUCCAUCUCCAGUGGACUGCCCGUCGGCAACGGCGCCACGUUGGGUAUCCCCGUCAACAGUUUGGGCGUCGGGACGACGGCGUCUUCCUCGUCCAACGGCUCGGCCGCCGUCCAGUUCCCGACGGGCGCCUUCGGCCCUCGCUACCUGACGCAGCGCUCGUCCGAAGAGGAAGGCUCCGAUCACGAUUAUUACAACGACUUACAGCGUGAAUUGCAACCGCUGCAGCCUCUCAAAAGGAAUGAAACGACCGUCUGAUCCCGGGGAGGGGUGGGGCAAACGCACCCCCCCCCCCGAUCAGCAGCCCUUGCCAACGCGGCCAAUAUAUAUAUUUUUUUUAAAAUCAUAUUUUGUUUGUGGGGGGCGAACACUUUGUAUCUAUAUUUUAAAUAUCGUAUUUGAAUUCUCUUUGCUAUCUAUUCGUAGGUAACCAACAUUUGAAUGCGUGCGUGCGUGUGUGUGUGUGUGUGUGUGUGUGAGCAAUAUUAUUAUUUUAUUUUAAUUUUUUUUUUCAAAAUCUAUUUUCAGUUGAUGUGCGUCAAAAUGUGCCAAAAUGAUCAUUUUUUGUUGAUUGCUUUUCCCCCUCUAAUUGAUUGCCAAUUGUCGCGGAUCAUUUGAUUUGUUUUUGUUUUUUUACCUGCGGAAUUCUUCCAUGGAACAUUUUUUUUUUCGUCGAAGACGUGUUUUUAACCAACCGUUUUUUUUUUCUCCCAGUGAUACUCAAAAAAAGACAUUUUUUUUUUCUUCUUUCUAUCGAAACGAUUGACCUUCUCCGUUCGAGCACAAAAAUAUCGAAAAACAAUUUCAUUGUACAGUCUAUAGUAUUUCGAUAAUGACCUUUCACCAUUUUUUUUUGUUUCUGUAUACAAAACACAUCGUUCUAGGUGAAUCGAAAAAAAAAAAGACGGACGAUGAUUGUAACGUCCUUUUUUCUUCUCCACAUUCAAUUGUUUUUUUUUUCGCCCUUUCUACUGCAAGCGAGCCAUUCAGUGCCUAUACAUAUAAAUAAUAAUGCGUGUGUUUCAGAUCGUUUGUGCGUGAUUGAGUUUGCUAUUCCCCCCCCCAUUGUACCUAAACACGAAACACUUUUGCUUUCCAUCAACCUCCUUUUUUUUUUGUUUUUAAUCCUUAAAUUUUUUUUUUUUUUUUUUAAACUAUUAAAUUUGUACAGUGAAAACAAAACAAGAAAUAUACAGUGUGAUGCGAUCAA